CAGAGAGGGUCAGGGUCUUUGACGUUCCUCACCAUCUGCACAAACCUCCCGGAACAAGUGUGAGCGUGGGUGAGAGUGUGUGCGCGCGCACGGGCUGGCUGCGCUUGGCACGCUUGGUGGCCCGGGGCCCCAGGGCCCGGGGGCCCGCCUGGCGGCCCGGGAUUACCGUGACGUCACAUUGAGCCUCUGGCCACCUUGGACUGGGACACCUCUGAAGCCUCACAGCCCGGCGCCGCGCCUCACCUUGCCUCGCCACCGCGCGACUUUGGGAACCUGCAUCCUCUCCCUUUCCUUGCCCAUCCAUGGGCCCUUCUGUCUUCCGGACCACGCGGGCCGGAGGGGCGCCUUCUGGAGCGCAGGGCUCGGCAGCUGGACUGCCCUCGGCUCUGCCUCCAGUCGUGCCAAGCGUGCAGAGGACCGGGCACUGGGCACCAGCAGCCGUGUAAAGCACGGAAGCGGCGCACGGCUGGAGGCUCAGAAUCGCCGGGCUAAGGCGGGAACUCGCAAGGGAAGAAGGAGGAGGGCCAGGGCCAGCCACCAUGUCCUUCCCGCACUUUGGACACCCUUACGGCAGCGCUCCCCAGUUUCUGGUGUCUGCAAGUUCCAGCGCCACUUGCUGCGAAUCCGCCCCGCGCUCCGUCCCAGACGUGGCCUCGGGCUCCACCCCGGCGGCUGCUCUCUGCUGUGCACCCUACGACGGUCGGCUGCUGGGCAGUGCGCGGCCCGAGCUGGGCGCGGCCUUGGGCAUCUACGGAGCCCCGUACGCGGCCGCCGCAGCUGCCCAGAGCUACCCAGGCUACCUGCCCUACAGCCCAGAGCCGCCCGCGCUGUACGGGGCGCUGAAUUCACAGUACGAAUUUAAAGAGGCCACAGGGAACUUUACACCUGGUCUGGCACAAGCGGGAGCCUAUUACCCCUAUGAGCCGACUCUGGGGCAGUACCAGUAUGACCGGUAUGGAGCAGUGGAGUUGAAUGGCACUGGACGCCGGAAGAACGCCACCCGGGAGACCACGAGCACGCUCAAGGCCUGGCUGAACGAGCACCGCAAGAACCCCUACCCCACCAAGGGCGAGAAGAUCAUGCUGGCCAUCAUCACCAAGAUGACCCUCACCCAGGUGUCCACCUGGUUCGCCAACGCACGCCGGCGCCUCAAGAAGGAGAACAAGAUGACGUGGGCGCCCAAGAACAAAGGCGGGGAGGAGAGGAGGGCUGAGAGUGGAGCAGAGGAGGCCCUGGGCUGCCUAAAUGGGGGCGAUGCCAAAGAUGCUUCUGCAAGCCAGGAGGCUCGAGGGCUCCGGCUGAGUGACCUGGAGGACCUGGAGGAAGAGGAGGAGGAGGAGGAGGAGGCCGAGGAAGUGGAGGCGGUGGCCACAGCUAAGGACAGGCUGGCUGAGUUCCAUAAAGACGCUCAGGCGCUGCCCGCGCCCUACGCCGCCGCCGCAGCCCGAGAGGCCCGGCUGGAGCGGCGGGAGGGCGGCCUGGCGGCGCGCUCCUUCUCAUUCAUUGAGCCCCCCGGGUCGGGAGAAGCUGACUUCCUCCGGGCGGAGCCCGGGGGCCCGACGUUGACCAUGCACUACGCGUGCAGCAGCGAGAAACCGCGCAUCUGGUCCCUGGCGCGCACUGCGGCGGCCAGCGCUGUCGAAGGUGUAACACCCACCCCUCCCAGGCCACGAAGUCCUGAGUGCCAUCUGAUUCCAGGACAGCCUCCGGGUUCCGGCGGGCGACCCGCGGUCCCCAGGGACUCGGUGUGCGAAGAGUCUUCCCGCGUAGCCAAAGCCUUCGGAAACCAGCCGUUCGCCCUGCAGCGGCUGCCGGUGAACUGUGCGCCCUGCCCGCGGCGGAGGGAGCCUGCGGGGCGGUGCCAGUACCCGUCCGGAGCAGAAGCAGGUUAGCGCAAUGGCUGCGAUUUGCAGGAGAAUCUUGAAAAUACGCCCUACUCUUUGAACUCACCUCCACGCUCGGAAGCUGGGAGACCUUGCCAGGGACUGGGGGCUCUCGCUUCGCCUAAGAGACAGACACACAGAAACCCUUAUACCGGCUCUUCUUGCACGCGGAGCCUGGAGUGGCAGGUGGCCCCUGCAUCUCGUCAGACCCGCUGGAGGAGGUGGGGGCGCAGGGCA